CAAAAACAAUAAGACAACAUUUCCCGAUACCACGUGGUGAACGCUGGCUGAAGUCUGUUUAUAAAGAGAGCGCUUGUAGAUGAUAAACCAUUGGAAAAACAUAGCAGUGUCUUGGUGUAAAGGGAUUUAUAUUUUCUGAAGCGUUAUAUUGAUUCCAGAUAUGACAAAGGAAAUAGUUAUGGAAAAAGAAGAAGUAGAGCGGAAAUUUAGUGUGCCUAAAAUAUGUCAUGAUUUCGAGGCGGAAGAAAGUAAACCUUCCGAAAGUAAUAAACUUUUACAAAGAAGAAAGAUGAUAAAUUCUGAAAUUCCAAACUUAAAUACCCUCAACCUUAACACAAAUGCUCAUGGUCGUUCUUGCUCAUUCCGUAACAGACCGCGACCGAAACUUUUAGAUGUUGAUCUUGACCGACCAAGGAGGAGUAGUUUACCUUCACCCGCAACAAAUCACCAUCUUUCCGUCUCUUUUGAGGACAUUGACAGAAGAGUUUCCUCCCAACAACCUUUACAGAGAGUAAGGUCAUUUAAGACCACUUCUAAGGGUGGAAUUGUCAACAGAGGCGAUUCCUUUAAACGAAGUUCAAACAGUGUUAAUUCUACAGGAAGUGCUAUAGUUAACGUUGAUAAAGCAGGUAAUGCUGUACCUGUAAACAGACAAAGGGCAAAUAGUACACAUUCUAAAGAAAGUGCAAACGGUGACAGUAUUGCCUCAUCGAUAGAGACACAAGUUUACAAAGUUGCAAUGCUCGGAGACAAGGGUGUCGGAAAAACAUCAUUGACCAAUCAAUUUAUGACAUCAGAAUUUGUUGCAUUUGAAAAUGACCAAGAUGAGUCCGAAUCAGACAGACAUGUUACUGUUUUGUUAAACUCAGAAGAGUCUACGUUAGAAAUUAUCGAUAGACUAUUAGAUAACCAGGAGCUCAGUGACCAGUGCUUUGACGCAUUUGCAGUUGUAUAUUCCAUGACAGACCGUGCUAGCUACCAAGUAGCUGUAGACCAUUUGUACAACAUUCGACACGAGCUGUCCAUUAAAGACAAACCAACCAUUCUAAUAGCAAAUAAGAUAGAUCUUGUACGAAAACGAAAAGUUUCGAAAGAAGAAGCGAGAGCAGUAGCCAAACAAUACGACAGCAAGUAUGCGGAAACUUCGGCUGCUCUAAAUCAUCAUGUUGAUGAGUUACUUGUCGGUAUUCUAAGUCAGAUAAGGCUUACCAACACGCCUGACAUGCGUAUGGAACGCCCGGAUUUCGAAGCGAUAUCUAAAAAUAAACUUGGUAAAUGUGCGUUACCUGGACCUAAAAGGUUGUUGAACUUUAUAUUCAAGAAAAAUCAUUGUAAAACCUCUGCUUAUGAAAUAGAAAAUCUGUUCACACGCUAACCAACGGGCAUAAUAUGUCGUCUUUAUGUCGUACCUUCAGACGAAACACUAUCACAGAAAGGAAAUGGUUUCCUGGAGUCCUAUUUACAACGAGUUAAUACUUCUUUGGUAUAAUACACAACGAGUUAGUUUACAAUCUCGUGAAUUGAAUUCCUUUGAUUCUUGAAUAGUGAUGUUACUCUCAGAGUGCUAUUAUGUAAUUUUGUACAGGCGGGAUUAACAUGUUAUUAUAUUUUAUCUCUGUGUGGAUUUUUCUAACCUAUACGAUCUGAAAACUGUAAAUUUUAUCAUCAUGAUGUAUGCUUCAAGACUUAAUUCUCAAUGUGUUUGAUAUAUCAUGUGUGACGAGUUUAAGCUAGGAGUUCAACUUAAACGUAAAUGCCUACAAAUGGUACGCCAUUUGGGGGUACUGUUAUAAGGAGUUUAUUAUUUAGAUAUAUAUCCUACUGUUUUAUAACCAUUAUCAAGAAAGUAUGAUAGAAGGUCGGGGACAAACUAUAAGGGUUGCAAUAAAAUAGAAUAACUGUAUAUGUUUACCAUGAUUUAAUAAUCACUUUCAAAUAAAUAAUCUUUUAUUUUUGUUUUACCUACAAAUAUUAAUAAAAUAUUUCAAAGAG